AUGGAUAUGUCUAUGGGCGGUAUGGACAUGUCCAUGGGCAACAUAUCCAUGGGCAAUGGCAUUCCUAGCCUCUUCACCUUCGAGAGAAUGUACUGGGCCGUCGUGGGUGCCGCCAUUGCUGCUUUCACCCUCGUCAACCUAUACAGUUGGUUCCUGUGCCGUCAAAGGUUACGGUCAACAAGCAUGACUCCCGCUAAACCCAAAACCUUUCCCUUCCUCGCCAUGGCUACUUGUACCGCCCUCGUUCGCGAACUUGCCAAUGCUUCGUUGCCAGUCUUUGCUGUCAGAUCCCUCCGCAUACCUUCACCAAUUCUCGGGAGAGCUUCCNUAGUAGGCGCAAACAUAGUCGUCCUUCUGGUCAUGUGUUUCUACAAGCUCGAUGUCAGCGAUCGAUGGUCUUUUGAAAAUAUCGGCUACCGCACUGGUUUCGUCACUCUUUGUCAACUACCCCUUCUCUUCCUCUUGGCCGGGAAGCGCAAUAUCAUCGCUGCUCUCAUCGGUUCUUCAUACGAGCGCAUCAAUUGGCUCCACCGCUGGGCAUCACGAUGCUUUCUACUGACUGCCACAAUUCACAUGGGCUACUGGUUCGCUGAUUGGGCUCCUUACGACUAUAUUGGCACAAAAAUCAGGACUGAUCCUAUCACGAAACAUGGUGUUAUUGCCUGGUCUGUCCUGGUCUGGAUUACCAUCAGCUCCAUGACUCCGAUCCGCGGCUGGAGCUAUGAGUUCUUUGUUGUACAACACAUCAUUUCUUUUGCCGUCUUCAUUGGCUUCGUCUAUCUGCAUAUCCCUGCUGAGGUCAAACAUUGGGUCUGGAUUUGUGUUGGCCUGUUUUUCUUCGACCGCGUCGUACGAGCCUUCUUCUAUCUCUACAACAACUUGUCCAUCUUGCACCCUGCUCAAAGGGAGGAUGGCACAAUGGGCAAGCUUUGGGCCUUGAACGCUGAGCUCGUUGCUCUGCCAAACAACACAACUCGCGUCACUAUCAACAACCCUCCCAUCUCCUGGCGUCCUGGUCAGCAUGUCUUUCUAUCUGCCCACUCGCUAGCUCCUAUGCAGGCGCAUCCUUUUACCAUCUCGUCUCUUCCUAGCGACGGUAAGAUGGAGUUCUUGAUCCAAUCUCAAAAGGGUGGAACGCAAAGAAUCUAUCGACAUGCAGAGAAGAUCGGAAUGAGUCUUCCCCAAACUAACGGGGAUCUGACCAGAGGAUCGAUGACGAGUGUUGCUAUUGAGGGUCCUUAUGGUCGCAUUCGUCCUCUGCAGCAAUUUGAUAGUGUCGUAUUGCUUGCUGGCAGCUCUGGUGCGACAUACACCAUGCCAUUGCUGCGUGAUCUUGUCCAUUCGUGGAAGACUAUGGACGGCCAGAGCAAGAGCAAACGCGAAAAGCCGGUAACUAGACAUGUGAGAUAUGUCUGGAUUGUCAAGUCUGGACCCCAACUAAGCUGGUUCUCUACCCAACUCAGCCAGGUUAUGGAAGAUGUUGCUCGCCUCCAGGGCCAGGGCCACGACGUCAGCGUUGAUAUCAGCGCUUACAUUACGUGUGAUGAAACAUUUACAACUGAACAGAAGACUCUGCUCGACGCCUGGAAGGCAUACUCGACAUCAACAACUACGAAAUAUGGUUCAGUAACCGAAGUUCUGAACUCUGUGGAUGAUGAAGAGUACAACGACUACAGCAUGGAAAAGAAGUUCGCUUCUAAGAACGAGAAGAUCGAAGUUCAAGAGCUCGAUCGCUACUCGCUAUCAGAAAAGGCUGAACCCACAUCAAAGCAAUCUUGCGGACCUAACGGUACAUGUUGCUGUACUGCCACUAUCGAAGACGAAGACGACGACGAAGCCAUCAGACCUGCGUGCACCUGCAGUUGUGGAGCGGGGCCAUCACGAACAGACAGUUCAAGGUCAAGCAUGUCGAACGAGAAGCCCAAGCCGAAGCAACCGUUCUUGCAUCCUGCAAUUUCGGUCUUCUCAGGCCGACCUGCCUGCAGGAAUGUCAUUCGCAAGACGCUUGAGCAAGCUUAUGGCGAAAGCGCAGUGGUUGUCUGUGGACCACAAGGCUUGGUUGACGAUGUGCGAACAAGCGUCGUUUCACUCAGUGAUGAGAGGGCGGUUCACAAGGGCACAGGUGCUCAAGGCAUCUGGCUCCAUGCCGAGGCUUUUGGAUACUGA